AGUAGUCGGCGGUUUUGCUAUGGAUCCAGUAGGUGCUGAGACCAGGGAAGCGAAUAAAACAAGUCGGCUAGAUCCGUGAGUGGCUAGGGCAUGCCGGGAACGAGGAGGUCUCUGGAGCAUGCUGGGAGCUGCAGUCCCUCCCGGGGUAUGUCGGGAAGAGGAAUCUCCAUGACAACAAUGAGGCCUGGCGUGGCGGUGCGUCCCUGUGCCGCUGGAGGAGGUGUUGCUUUGGGGGCGGCUCUUUUUUCGCUACUCGCGCGAGAGGAGGGAUGGCCAAUGCGUGCCCCAGUCAGAGCUGAGGCGGACGGAGGACGAAGGCCGGUUUGUUCUGCGAUGAAGGAGGAUAAGGAGAAUGCCAGGCCGAAGGAGAAGCGAGGCGGGCCUCUCACCCCGACGGGGCUAGGAGUUGCCAUGGCCGGAGCGGACGCCAAAGGGGGCGGUGAGCCUGAUAAGCUCGAGCGGCCUAAAGAAAAGAAAGAGACGCUCAGCAAGGUAGUGAUUCGACGCCUGCCUCCCAGUCUGACCAAGGAACAGCUUGAAGAACAUCUCCAGCCUUUGCCUGAACAUGACUACUUUGAAUUCUUCGCUAAUGAUUCAAGUUUGUAUCCACACAUGUUUUCCAGAGCAUACAUCAACUUUAAAAACCAAGAAGACAUAGUUCUAUUCAGGGAUCGCUUUGAUGGUUAUGUUUUUGUUGAUCACAAAGGUCUGGAGUAUCCUGCCAUAGUGGAAUUUGCACCAUUUCAGAAAGCUGCCAAAAAGAAGAGUAAGAAAAAGGAUGCCAAAGCUGGGACCAUUGAAGAUGAUCCAGAGUAUAAGAAAUUCUUAGAGACCUACAGUGCUGAUGAUGAAAAGCUAACAUCCACUCCUGAGACUCUACUGGAAGAAAUAGAGGCAAGAAACAAAGAACUGAUAGCAAAAAAGACCACUCCUCUGUUGAACUUCUUGAAGAACAAGCAGAGGCUGAGAGAAGAAAAACGAGAGGAGAGGAGGAGGCGAGAACUAGAGAGAAAAAGGCAAAGGGAAGAAGAGAGGAGGAAAUGGAAAGAAGAAGAAAGGAGGAAAAGGAAAGAAGCUGAAAAAACAAAGAAGGUGGAGAGAUGUCCAGAGAAGGAAAGGGACAGAUCCAAAGAUGAACCAAAGAUUAAGCUACUUAAGAAGCCAGAAAAAGAUGAAAGAGACUUUGAAAAAAAGGAAAAGGCCAAGAAACUGGAGAAAGAGAGUCUGAGGGAGGAAAAGGCUGCCAGUGCAAUCAGCAGUGCACCAGCCAAGCGCUCCGAAGGGGAGGUUAAAGAGGAGAAGGCCAAAAAGUUAGUGUUCUCUUCUCAAUUGGAAGAUGAUUGUGGCAAAGAUUACAGAGAAAGAGAGCGAGAGUAUGACCGGGACAGAGAGUAUGAGAGAAUCCAGCGUGAGAGGGACAAGCUUAGGCGCCAGGAAGAUGAACGGAGGAGGCAGAAAGAACGCUUUGAGAAAGAGAAGGUUUUCAGAAGAAAAGAGGAAGAUAUGAAAAAGGAAAGAGACUCUUUGCGAGAGAAAGGAAAGCGGUCUGAACUGCCUGACUAUCUAGGCAAUAUGGAGAAACCCGAGAAAGUAACCAAAGAGGAUAAAAAAGAAGAUUUGGCUAAGAGGGAUCGCAUUAGAAACAAGGAUCGCCCAGCCAUGCAGCUCUACCAGCCAGGGGCUCGAAGUCGGAGUCGUUUAUGUGCGUAUGAUGAGAGCUCUUCAAAGUCACCUGAUAAAGCAGUGGAUAAAAAGCUGGAAUGUGAGAUGAUAAAUGCGAAAGAGGAAGACUGAUGAGUCGUGGGUUUUUGGACCGACCUGUUAACAGCCAAAGAGCAUGAACUGCGCUGUCCAGAAGUGCCUUGGAGGAGAAAGGGGGACAGUACUUUUGGAUGUCUCUGGUUUCAAAGCCUCAAUGCAGAGUCAAGACUCAAACUGUAUUCUCUCAGUUCAUUGUCACGGGUGGGAGGAGGAGGUGGUGAUUGUGGCAGUGAACUGCAAGGGGGGAAAAAGCUUUCCAGUUCCUUAGAAAUAGGCUUAAUUGCCCCCCCCAAUAAGUCAUGUGACUAAGGGUAUCCCAAUGCCAUGCUCUCUUUGAAAUAGUAGCCAUGUACCAGUAUUUGCACUUAAAUACAGCCAUCUUGAACCCUCAGGAUUGCUCAAGUGUUAAUGCCUUUAUCACUGCGCUGUGUGGAAUUUGUAACUAACCAAGGUGGGAGGAAGUAGUUCUAGCAUUGAGAGAGGUUUUGUCUGUGGAGCUGCUUGCAGCUGAUAGCAGAAAUGCAUUUUUAGAUCAGGAGGCAGCUAAGCUUUGUUUCCCCUUCCCCAUCACAGCUAUAAAAUCUUCACUGAAAUGAAAGGAUUUUUUUGUUCAUAUCUUGUGUAAUAUCCAGAUACUGAUGCAACUUUAUUUAGCUGUGUAGUAAUUUCCAGCUUUUCCUGGUACUAGAGGGGGAAAUGUUCCAUUUCAGUUCAUUGUCUUUCCUGAGGCAUUAGAGCGUCUUGCAACCCAGGAAGAACUUUUACUAAGAGUUGUGGCUCCUCCUUUAUGCUAACACAACACAGCUAUUUUGUACUAAAUAAAACUUGAGAGAAACCAUUUAAAA